ACUAACUAAAUUGGGAAAUGGCGCUACUGCUUCAAUCGUCAGCUUCCUCUUUUCCCUCCAGCGGGAAAUCCCAUCUUCCUCUCCAUAUAUCGCCCCACCGUCGUCUUUAUUCUAAUCCGAAGUCCAAAAGACGAAUCAUCAUCAAGCUCCAAAAUUCUUCUUCCGGUUCAAAUCCCUCGGAGCCCCAAAAGCCCAGCGAUUCCUCCACCAACACAACCAUCUCAUCCUCAUCCACAGUGGCCCCACCUCCCUCUCCCAAGAAACAGCCAAACUCAGCUGCUUCUGGCUUGGGUUUUGGCCCCUCAACUCCGGUGGGAACAAAAUCGGCAUCAUCAUCCAAGAAGAAACAGAAAGGCAAGAAAGAGAGGGCUUCCAUAAUUCGGAGAGCACCUGUGGAAAAACCUAGCUUUGCUACGCAAACAAACGACAUCCAAUCUAAGGAACAGUCCCAAAAUGAGAGUGCUUUUCUUCUCGCUUGGUUAGGCCUCGGCGCUAUUAUUCUUGUCGAGGGCAUUAUUCUUGCUGCCUCUGGUUUCCUACCUGAAGAAUGGGAUAAUUUCUUUGUUAAGUAUCUCUACCCAUCUUUUACUCCUACAGUGUUCUUGUUCGUGGCCGGCACUGUUGCCUAUGGAGUGCUGAAAUACCUGCAAAAUGAGCAAUUUAAUAGGGAAAAAUAGUUUAUCAUGUAUUAGGAUCUGGUUUGGCUGAUUAUAGGAGGUGACUCUGAUAUAUAGUGGUUCGUUGUAAAAACCUGUCUGCUUCAAGCUUUUCCUGUACAAUAGCAUUCACCAUGGAGAUUCCAGUGAUAAAUGGAAGAUAGUCUUUCUCCUUAUUUUCUACCCCACUUUGUGGCCCCAGGGUGCCACUAUUACCUUUUCUUUUCAAUUCUUAUGAGCAUAGCUAUCUGGUGAAAAGAUCUUUUAUGUGUGGUGAAACUAUAUGCCAAUACAACAGUAUACUGCGUCAGCUGUAUGUUUUUCUGUAUUUUCUGCAACCCUAAUGAGAUUACAGCUUCCUUUAUUGACA